AUGGGCGGCUUCUACAUGCAAUACCUAGAGAGCCUUUGCCGUCGCCGCGGGUGGACCGACCCGGCGUACGAGUGCUACCGCGACCCGAGCGGAUUCACGUGCCUCGUCCUGGUCAACGGGCGGGAGUACCAGACGGACCUUGCCUAUGAGUCGGACACGCUUGCCCAGGAGAACGCGGCCAUGCGUGCCUUCAUGGUGUGCCGCAACUUCUCCAUCAACGGCGGGAUGCUGGCCCGCAACGGCAUCGUCCAGGGAAUGCCGGCCACCGAGACCAAGCAGCGGCGCCACCAGAAGAGCCGCCACUCGUCGCGGAGCAGCAGCGACCACCGCCACAGCCCUCGGUCUGGUCAUCACUCCAGCAGCAGCUCCACGGCGUCUUUUGACUAG